AUGUUGCAAGUUUCCAAUACAUUGGUAGCGAGAACAGGACGUGAAAAACAAAAAUACACGGAUGGUAUACGCCAGGUAGCCGGCUGUGUGCCAAUCGAUAGGAAAACCGGUAAAAUCCUGCUGAUAACGCGAAGAAAAAAGGGAGAAGGUUGGGUGCUGCCUAAAGGUGGUUGGGAAAAUGAUGAAUCAGUACAAGAAGCAGCAGCAAGGGAAACAUAUGAAGAGGCUGGUGCAAGAGGACAAAUAACGUCAUUGAUUGGCGUUUGGAAUCAUCAUGUUAUUAAGAAAAAUACUGGAUUACCAAAGGCUCAAUUUAGGUUUUAUGAAAUGGAAGUAGAUAAACUGGAAGAAAAUUGGCCGGAAAAGAAGGAGCGAAAUCGGCAGUGGUUUUCUUAUGAAGAUGCAAUAAAAGAAUUGAUAAAACCUUUUAUGCGCGAAGUGGUUGAACGCUGCUCAUUAGCUCCAUCUAAUAAUAACAAUAUUAAUCAAACAGGAAAG